AUGAACCUGGCCAAGCUAUUCAGGGCGUCCGGGGAUAAACGACAUAGCUAUGGGCUAUUCACAAUCUCAUUACACCUUCAGUCACCCCAGGAACAACACAACCCUUCACUGCAAUCUUUGCAUAUAUCUAUACCUUCUUAUUUUUGUCCAUGGUCCGGUACUCCAGGCACUCUGUUUCCAAAACUUACUCCUCCUAUUGACCCGACAACCUAG